ACUAUUAAAUUCACUGUUGAGGUUAAGUCUCAAGUGUUGACGUCACGAGCUCACGAGUCAGUUAAGUGAGGCUGACAAGAGUGAUUUUAUUAUUAUUUUUUUGAUAAUUUGAUUUCACAUAGCAUUUCAGUGAAAUUUGUUCACAAUACUUUUCUGUUGCUAGAAAAGUAAUGCACAAUCUAUGAACUCUGCUAUAAGGGGUUAAGCUACGUACUGUCGCUCUUUACUUCCACAAAAACCUCUUGGAAGAUACAGUGGGCCUGAGUAUUGUUUAUCUGCUCUUAUGAAUAUGAAGGAGAGUAUAAUUAUCGCGGUAAAAAAUCGUCCAGCACUAUGGGACCGAAAGCAUAGGAACCAUCAUAACCGUCACUUUUUGAUCAGAGAAUGGAAGGCUGUAGCAGCUGAAUUAAACGUUCCUGGUAGAGAUAAAUUUGUGAAGAUAGCUUGGAAAAACCUACGACAAGAGUUUUAUAAACAAUUGAAUAAAUCUACCAGGUCUGGUGAUGAAUCAUCUUGGCAAUUUUUUAAUGAUUUACUAUUCCUCAAGGAUCAAUUCUUACCGAGGCGAUCAAUUGAAAACUUGUCUCCUUUGCCAGAUGAUGCUUAUACUGAAGUCAAUGAACCCAUGGAUAGUUUACUUGAGGUAGAUAGUUCAUCUGAAAUCAAUGAUGCAACAAUGGAUAGCACAAUGUCACCCGAUGUAAGUGACAAUUCUUUGCCUGUGGAGGAGUAUACCAGAACAGGGUUCAAAAGAAGGAUUACAACUCAAGCCAGAAUUGGUCAGGAAUUAGUAAACCUAGAAAAGGAAAAACUUGAGCUAAAAAUAAACAAGAUAGAUGGAAUAAACAAGAAUGAUGAGGAUGUGGGGUUUUUUAACUCUCUAUUACCACAUGUAAAAACGUUGGGCCCUAGAAAAAAGAUGAUGUUCAGGAUGAAAGUACAAGAGUUAUUAUUUGAUAUGGCUUAUUCAGCAGAGCAUGAAUCAUCGUACAACAACCAUCCCACAAGCUCUGCAAUGAGUCACCGGUCAAGCAUUACUACAAUCCUGAUGUAAUCAAUGAAAUUCAUCUCACUCACUAAUUGAUUGACUGACUGAAGGUCACUCAAAGUUAAUCCUGUGGCAAACUUCCCCAAAGCUGGGGAAGCCUUGGGUUAUGUCAAUACCUACUAUUACUUAAUAAGUAAUAGUAGGUAUUGGUUAGAUUGGGCCACUGAGUGACCUCCAGCAACCUCUAGUGACCACUGGGUGAACAUUUAUGACGUGACGUUAUUACUUGUGAUGUAUCACAUACCUGUUGAAACAGGAAAACUUACCCGCACCACUUUGCUCUGUCCGGUGUAAAACAGUUUGCUAACAAUGGAAUGUAGUCAGUCUACUUCAACAACUUGUCAAACAGUGAGCUAUGUCUGUAAGAUGCAGUGCUAGAACUUGACUGCUUCAACAUGUUGUCAAAAAGUGAGCUAUGUAUGCAAGAUGCAGUGAUAUAGAGCUAGGAGGAACUACAUAAUCAUGGUAUUAUCUUGUUGAGAGACUUUUUCAAAUACCUAGGAAAUUUGGAUUUAUGUGCAGAUCACGAGUUUUACAUUUGUGUUUGCUCCAGACUGGGGAUAAGCAAAAGGCAGUUGUUGAUGCAGAAUGAAUGACAGUGCUCUCUAAAGAAAAGGCAAUAUUUACAAUCCAUUGGAAAAUACUGCUGUCAGUAAUGGAUGCAUACAGCAGUUCCUGACUAACUUAUUCACAUACACUAUGAAGAAUAUCAAGGAUGGAAUCAGCAGUAUUGUCCGCCUGGACUUCCAGUCAAGUUCAGAGUGCUGUCGAUGACUCUUGAAUGCUGUUUAAGUAUUUUUCAAGCUGGGACACAGCAUGCCGCCAUUGUGUAUCUUCAACAGGUGCCCAACUGGAGGAAGAAGGAUGUGAAAAUUGUGAUUAACUUUCUCGACCAACAACAAUGCUAUUGGUGACAUUGGUGCGAAUUCAAAUGUGGUCUCCAAGAUCUGACUCUGCUAGGAUUGUGCAGAGAGAGAUUCAUGGGAUUUUCAAUGAUUGAGGGUACUGAUCGAGUUACGAGAUUCAGGGUUGAGGAUGGAGAGUCGGGUGAUCUGGCUUUUGAAAUAACCAUUUACAAAGCUGUUUCCAGAAUCAUGCCCAUGCCUUAAAAAUCAUAUGAUGAAUUUGAUUAGCAGAGUUCGUGAACGGGAGGAGGAGCAGUCAGCUGAGAGGUAUUAUAUGAACAAUGAUUACAGAAGAGGAGAAAGGCUGCUUCAUCUGUUUAUUCUUUUCAAUAAUUGAAAUUUUUCAAUAAAUACUAUGUACUUACA